GCAGAACUGCUUCCGGUUUCCCAGGCGAGGAUUAGCAGUAGAUAGCAGAGAACAUGACCGUGGUGUUAGUCCGACUAUGGCUCUGUCAAGAGGACUGAGAUGUUGUCAGAGAAUAUUCUCCUGGAUCCCUGUUGUCAUUAUUUCAGCCGUGGUCCUGUGGUCUUAUUAUGCAUACGUGUUUGAACUUUGUAUCUUUACUCUCCAUAACGCACUAGAGAAGGCUAUUUACAUUUUGGUCUUCCACAUAUGCUUUGUGAUGUUCUGCUGGACCUACUGGAAGGCUAUCUUCACUCCAGCGGCCAUGCCGUCCAAAAAGUUCCACCUCUCCUACAGGGACAAAGAGAGAUAUGAGAUGGAGGAGAGGCCUGAUGUUCAGAAACAGAUCUUGAUUGAUAUAGCUAACAAGCUCCCCAUCUUCACACGAACUCAGGCAGGAGCUGUCAGGUUCUGUGAUUACUGUCAGCUAAUAAAGCCAGACCGCUGUCACCACUGCUCAGUCUGUGAAGCGUGUGUCCUGAAAAUGGAUCAUCACUGUCCAUGGGUGAACAACUGUGUUGGUUACUCAAACUACAAGUUCUUCCUCCUCUUUCUGUCUUACUCCAUGCUCUACUGUGUCUUCAUCGCCUCAACUGUGUUUCAGUAUUUCCUCAAGUUCUGGGUGGGCGAGCUUCCAAACGGUCAUGCUAAGUUCCAUGUCCUUUUCCUUUUGUUUGUGGCUGUCAUGUUCUUCGUGAGCCUCAUGUUCCUCUUCGGCUACCACUGCUGGCUGGUGGCGAAGAACAGGUCCACAUUGGAGGCUUUCUCUGCACCUGUCUUUCAAAAUGGUCCUGACAGGAACGGCUUUAACGUCGGCUUCCGCAAGAACCUUCUGCAGGUCUUCGGAGAAGAUAUAAAACUGUGGUUUUUCCCAGUUUUCACCAGCAAAGGUGACGGCCACCGUUUCCCUCUGCGGACUCUGAGCGAAUGUCGAAACCCCUUACUGUCCAAUGAGAGGAGAUGGCAGGAAGAUGGCUCAAAUGAGGACAGCACAGAUGGUGAAAUGGAGAAUGAGCCUUCAGUCAGACUGGAUAUUGAAUAGCUAUAUUUCAUGAGGAGUACUUUCAGCUGCUGCAGGCUUGCACUGUAAAAGCGCCUAAACACCAAAUCUUAGAUGAAGAGACAGCAUUCCAAAUACUGGAGAAUUCCAGAAAAGCUUAUGCUCAUAGAGUAAAAUUUGUUGGACGAAGUUGCUUUGUCCUCUUUUUUUUUUCUUCUAUUUCACUUUGUAUGUUCUGGAUGAUCCUCAUCAUCACGAGCACUCUUCAAGAAUCAUCAAGGACGAUCACAGACUGUUCCCUGGGGCUUGGAUAUGCUUUGUCUACUGUGUACAAGAUAAUGAUUUGUAAUGACCGUGCAUCUCAUAUUGUAUUAGAUUUCAGCUCACAGAUUCAUCGCACCCCGUUCGCUCCAUUAUCGGUGGCAUCUGGUGUCACAGUGGCAACAAAAGCUGACAUCUUUUCCUGUGGUCACUUGCUCCAAGUUCUACCAAUUGUCCUGCAAGCCUGAUGUCUCUCCAAGCCUUAAAGAUUCAUCAAAGACUGUAAAGACUCUCCUGUAAAAUCACUGUGGUGCAGUGAAUAGUACUUUUUAUUUAAAUAUUUGUCCUUUUUAUGAUGGAUAUAACAUGGGUGUUUUCAUUUUGCGGCUGACUCAGUGUUGUCCGUUCCGAGUCCACGUUUAGCUGAAAUAACACCUGAUUGGGCUUCCCAGGCUUAUCAGGGUCAUGAGCUAAAUCUGGUGAGAGUAGAAAUGCACAAGCAGUUAGUUUGCGGUGGCUGCAGCUCACCUGCGCCUCUCAUCAAGUCUCGAGUGCCACUUUUAACUAAUUAUCACUGACUGUAUUCCAUAUCAGUGUCCUGUCCUUAUUUUUGUACUUAAGCCUUUUCUCGGUAUUAUGGAAAUGUACGAGACGUUCACGCGUCGUAAUCCCUGUCGUAGUCUUUGUGUUUAGUCAUGUGUUUGUCAUAUGAUCCUUUCUUAUGAGUCAUUGUGUUGAUGUGCUAUUCCACGUGUCCUUCCUCUUUUUGAAAUCUUUAUUUAUCCUAAUGAACACUUCUGGUUCCACAUCUAAUUAUUUUCAGAUCGUUUUUGUUCUGUGACAAUGAAUAAAUGCACCAUUUGAACCAAA